CUGUCACUGGCUGGAUGGCAGAGAAACUCGCAGUGAGAUCAGUGAAGAAAAGUGCAGUUUUUCGGAGUUAAAAUGGCUGGUUUGGUUCAGGAUUGUUUUUCUAUUGGAAGCACCGUGGCCUGUACUACAUGUUACAAUCAAAAUAUCGAAGGCGAGGUGUUAGCAUUUGACCAGCAAACAAAAAUGUUAAUUUUAAAAUGUUCAUCAGCCAGCAACUCUUCGAAGCUUAAUGAUGUCUACAUUCUUAAUUUGGCGCUCUGCAGUGAUGUCCAGGUAAAGAAAGAAGUGAAUUCGCUACCCGACCCACCGCAGUCGCUGAACCUGCAACGCUUAAGCACACGAGUCCGGAAUCAGGUGGAACAGAAAAAACGAUUGGUGUCCGCGUUGGCUGCUGGGGUCAGUCAGGAAGGACAGAAUCUUUUUCUUGCAAUUGCGAGAACCAUUAACCAGGUUUCGUGGGCUGGACCUAAUAUAGUUGUGUUUCAAGAUGUAACCAUAACGCCCCCCUACAAAGUAGAUAAUGUGAAUGGAUCGCCCGAGUCCAGGCAAUUAACCUACGUGAAGAAAAUAGUUGAGAAACAUGUAAAUGAUCAGGCUUCAGCAACCUCGAAUCUGUCGUCGCCGGUAGUUUCUGCCUAAUAAGUCUACAUCGGGUGUUAAAGUGUGAAUGGAGAUGGAAAUAGAAUGUUUAAUUUAGCCGAAAAAAAAAAACAAAUUAUGAGAUCAACACAAGUUUAAUCCAACAACAGAUUAAAAUUCACAAGCAUUCAUCAGAACUAUUGCUUGAGGAGGCAAUAUCAUAGCGGUUUUGUGAAUUUCAAUAGGCAACAGUCACAACACUUCUCAUCAGUAUCAAUACCAGGAAAUAAACUCAAUUAUUAAAACUAA